GAAUUAUUUCUUGAAUCCAGACCUCAGAUUGAUUCUGUUUCCACUUUCCACCUCUAAAACUCGACAUCUGCUUUCUUCCCAAAUCCCAUUUCGACUGUAAUUUCUGUAUUCAUAUCUCUCUGUUUUACCGUGUAUAUAGUCAAUGUUUGCAUAGGUAAGAUUGGAUUGGUGUAUCUAUACCGAUGAUGUUCUCUCAACUUCCAGAAUCUGCUGGAAUUCAAUAGUUAAUCUUUCUUUUCAUACGUCUUUUUAUAUUCAAUCUCUCCUCUUUAUUGCCGGAAAUCUGAUUUUGGUGCUGUUAUUCGAGUUUGAAUCGAAUUCAGCUUCCAAUUCCGUCCUCAGCCGGUUUAAAUCGUUGAAAUUGCAAUAAGCUACAUAUCCAAGCUCCAAUUUUUUUAUUAGGGUUCGUCUCUGAGAAAUCACUGGAGGUUUUUCAAUGGAGUCUCUUUCGAUUCAGACUCGAGCGAAUCUCAAUUCGACAGCAGAAGAUCUAUUCAACGCGAUUAUUCCCCUGCUGAAGCUCAUAACUCUCACCGUCAUCGGAUUGAUUCUCGCCCGCCCGGAGACGAAGCUUGUCCCCAAAUCCACCUUCAAGCUUCUCAGCAAGCUUGUCUUCGGUUUGUUCUUACCUUGCGUCAUCUUCUCUCAUCUAGGAGAGACUAUAACUGUGAAGAAUUUCGUUAGUUGGUGGUUCAUUCCUGUUAAUGUGAUUCUCAGCACUCUCAUCGGCUGUAUUCUAGGGCUGUUAGUUGCUAAAAUAUGCCGUCCCCCUCAAGAAUACUUUAGGUUUACUGUUAUCAUGACUGCAUUUGGCAACACUGGGAACCUCCCUCUUGCUAUUGUUGCAUCGGUUUGUCAUAGUAAGGAUAAUCCGUUUGGCCCCGAAUGCCACAACACUGGGACGGCUUAUGUGUCGUUUGCGCAGUGGGUUGCGGUGCUUCUUGUUUAUACUCUUGUUUAUCACAUGAUGGAGCCUCCAGUGGAGUAUUAUGAUGUUGUUGACGAUGGUGCGGAGAUUCAGGAAGAAGUGGCCUCGAAUGAUCUCAGUAGGCCGCUUCUCGUGGAAGCUGAGUGGCCCGGGAUGCAGGAUGGGGAGACUGAGCAUUGCAAGACACCCUUAAUAGCGAAUGUUUUCACUAAUGAGUCGAACCAGUCUAUCCCAGAGCCUGAUUCGUUGGAGGAGGGUGGUAGUGGGGCUGGGCCGAGAAGUCCGAAAUCACUUCGUUGUCUGGCAGAGCCUCAGGUGGUGAGGAGAAUAAGGAUCGUUGCUGAGAAGACUCCUAUCUAUCACAUCCUUCAGCCACCAACGUUUGCUACGCUGUUAGCUUUCUUUAUUGGUAUGGUGCCUCCGAUCAAAAGUGUUGUAUAUGGCGAUGAUGCACCCCUUGCAUUCAUAACGGAUAGUCUGGAAAUCAUGGCUGGGGCAAUGGUGCCAUCGGUGAUGCUUGUUCUUGGAGGAAUGCUUGCUGAGGGGCCUAAUGAAUCCAAACUUGGGCUACGAACUACUAUUGGCGUUAUAGUUGCAAGACUGUUGAUACUCCCCUUUAUUGGUAUAGGGGUUAUUUUCAUGGCAGAUAAGUUGAACUUUCUGAUCCCUGGAGACCAAAUGUUUCGGUUCGUGCUUCUGAUGCAGUAUGCAAUGCCAAGUGCCAUUCUGUUGGGAGCAGUUGCUAGCUUGAGGGGUUAUGCAGUUAGUGAAGCUUCGGCUCUCCUCUUUUGGCAACAUAUCUUUGCUGUCUUCUCUUUGGCAAUUUAUGUCAUACUAUACUUCAAGGUUCUGCUCUAUUACGUUUGAGUGCAGACGCAAAACCCAUUUUAUCUUAAUGGUUUUGAGGUUAGCUCUGAUAGACUGAGCACUGCACAUAAUGAAGAAGUUGAUUUCUAGAUACCACUGAGUAUGGCUGUGAAUCUUUGAUGAACUCCUAGCCAACCAAGUGCUAGCGAGCUAUCGAGAAUGAAGGUUGUGAGUUGGCAUGAGAUUCCACGCAUGUUCCAGUUGGUAACGCAUUCACUGAUCACACACCAUGAUGGAAACACGGCAUUUUUCGUAUUUUAUUACUAUUUAUUUUUAUAUGGUUCUCACUGUUUUGUUUUACUCCAUUAAAGUACUAAGUGUUCAAAAUUGUGUAUACAGCUGCCUAAAUAAGAAAAUGUAUGAUUGAAGAUUGGUGUAAUUUGUCCAGUUCCAGUAACUGUUAUCUUUCGCUUUGGUUCCUA